UUCUUAAGGGGGCCCACGGCGCAGCGCGAGGCCAGUCCGAGAACGCGACCCUAACACUAACAUUCGGUGUAUUCCGAGAGAAAGAGAGAAAGAGAGCGAGAAGAGAAUCGGAAACGGAAACGACUGACUGCUUGAUCGCCGCACAGCCAACAUAGUAAUCGGCUAACAUGAAGAUCAUCCUGUUGCUCUUCGUCGUCGCGGCCUUCGCUUCAGCCCAGAGGAUCACGACGAUCCAGCUGGAUGGCAUACAGUACUUCGUGUCGCGAAUGAAUCCCUACAGUCCGGAACUCAAUUACUUCCUGGCGUAUCAAUAUUGCCGCUCGUUAGGCCUCCAGUUGGCGUCUUUCGAAACGAAAGAGAAGGCUGACACGAUGACGCAAUAUCUGAAGAACGCCGGUUAUACGAAAUACGACUUUUGGACCUCGGGCAACAAGCUGGGUACCGACAUGUUUUUGUGGAUGAGCACGGGAUUGCCGUUUAACGUCACCUUCGACUACAUGCUGAAGCGACCUGGUAACAGACCCGCCGAUGUACCACCUGGCACUGAACCUCAAAGGGUGGCGCGCGAAAGCGGCGACAGCGGCAGCGCGGACGGAUGCGUCGCGAUGGUAGCACCUACGUUAGCAUGGGAGGCGCAGGAUUGCACCCUCGUGAAGGACUUUAUCUGCGAGCAAACAAGAUGCUAUUACUACAACUACGGCAGCAUUCCAGUCUCCGCGACUCAGGGAAAUCACAGACCCUACAUCACGACCACCUCGGCGCCAGCCAGCGACGACCAAGCGAGUGAUCACGAAACCGACAUGACUAACAUCGACGAUCACCGUUCGGAUGACGCCCAGGACGAGCAGGAGGCAACACCACUAGAAGCGGACGCAUCCAUGGGCGAGAAAUUUUCAGAAGACCCGGUCGUCAGCAGGCUAAUCACCACGGCCGCUCCCGCAUCUGGCAAUCAGCAGCAGCAACAACAGCAACAACAGCAGCAGCAGCAGCAGCAGCAGUAUCAACACACAGGAGCGACGGCAUCGGCGACGUCGCUGUUCGACGACGGUGACGAGCGUGAACGCGCGGCUGUCGGCGACCUGGACGACACCAGACCGGAGCAUCUCCCGGACAUCGCGAGCCUGUUCACCGGGCACGUCGCCGUGGCAUCUCAAGCGCGCAAGGACAGCGUCUUCGACGGUCUCGAGACUCGCGAGGUCCUGCGGUCGUCGAUUUCCCGUCCCGCCGUCUCCUCCGCCUCCUCCUCCUCCUUCUCGUCGGAGAUGAAGAUGGAGCAUCGCGAGACCCCCGAUUACGGCGACCUGACCGCGGAAACUGAAUUGCCGAACAACGGUCUCGAGGACGCCCACACGAUCGGGCCGUACGACAGCGUUCAGGAUUACGUGAACGAUCAGCCGGCGGACACGGCGGCGUCAUCGGCGGACUCGGCGAUGAUGAAGGACCAGGACGACGACAGCAGCACGAUCCUGCCAGAUGCGGAACCGGCCUACAGGUACAACAUCAAAGUACGCACCAACGGCAAAGUAUUAGACCCUCCGUCCAAGUAACGCUUUACUUCCUCCUAGGCAACGUCGCGUUAUUU